UGGCUCAAAGGAUGAUUGCCAGCAGAACUCAAUUCCUUCUUCCUCCCUCUUUCUUCUCUUCUCCAAAACUCUCUAAAACCCUCAAAUGCCUUCCCGCUGUCACUGCAGACUCUGGUCUCCUCUUCCAUGAGAAGCUCCAAUACCUCACAGGUCUCAAAAUUGAUACCCACAAAGCCCUCUCUCAAAACCCAAAUCUCCGUUCCACUCCUCUCUCCACCCUCUAUUCCGUCGAGCACUGCCUCUCCUCCAUGGGCCUUCACCGCUCCGCCAUCGGCCGCAUCCUCGACAUGCACCCUGUCCUCCUCACUUCUGACCUACACCUCUAUCUCUACCCAGUCUUCGAGUUCCUCCUCAACGAGGUUGGUAUCCCCUUUCCCGAUAUCGCUAAAUCUAUUUCUCGGUGUCCUAGGCUUUUAGUCUCUAGUGUUUCCGACCAAUUAUGCCCUGCCCUUAUCUUCCUUCGAGACCUUGGAUUUGUGGGUGCUAAUGCUAUCAAUUGUCAGACAACUGUGUUGCUUGUCUAUAAUGUUGAAUUUACAUUGAUGGCUAAGAUUGAGUAUUUGAUGAGUUUGGGGUUUGAAUACUGUGAGGUUAAAGAAAUGGUGGUCAGGUCGCCGGGGCUUUUGACGUUUAGUGUAGAGAACAAUUUGAUGCCGAAAGUGGAGUACUUUUUGAUGGAAAUGAAAGGUGAUUUGGAGGAACUGAAAAGAUUUCCGCAGUAUUUUUCAUUCAGUUUGGAGAGGAAGAUAAAGCCAAGGCAUAAAAUGUUGGCGGAGUACGGGUUGAAGCUUCCAUUGUGGAAAAUGUUGAAGAUUAGUGAUGGUGAAUUCAAUGCAAGAUUGGUGGAUAUGCGGCUAAGAAUUGUUGGAGAGACUUAACUCCUGCUUGGCUUCUUAAAUUUUUGCAUACUUGUGUGCUACUAUGUUUGGCUACGCUAUACAGGAGCUCUGAAUUUUAAGCUGCUGUAAUUGCUUAACAUAUAAUGUAAAAACUGGAUUAAAACCCUACUAAUUGUGAGGAACUGAACAGAGCAAAUGAAGUGUUUGUGUUACAAUAUUAGUGAGUAAUUUAGUUUAUUGCUUUUUCCUCCAUUUGUAAUCGACCUUUGGUGUUUUGGGGAAUCAUUAACUUUGGCUGACAAGUUCGCAGAUUGAGAAGAAGCAGCAAAAAGGUUCUCCUGCUGUGCUGUUUUUCAUUAGUUUGGCAUUUUUAACUGGAGAGUAAUGCUAAGUUUUUGAGGAUCAAGCGCUCUCUCUUCAAUGUCAGGUAUGAAAAAGGAUAGAACUUGAGACUUCCGAUCAUUGACGACGGACGACAGCACCAUCAACACAAAUCUUUGCAGGCCAACAACCAGUGAGCAGCUGGCAAAGGAGGACAAGCUCAAGUCCCAUGCAAAAAACGCCAUUAGAGCCGGUUGGGAGAUAGGAAUGAUUUGUAGCAAACCAUGAAUAAUACGAACUCAGACCAGUGCAGGACUAGCUGAGAACUAGGCAUGCAUCAUUCGGCCAAACAAACUUACCCUAUAGGAGGAGCCCAUCUCAGAAUUUAAUCCUUGUUUGGGAGA